AUGACUAAACCUCGAAACCCUCGGGCCAAGCGAGCUCUACGUGUCGUAUCAUCUAAUAUUAGUAGCUCAGCGGGCACACCUCACAGUCUUCACCCACUCACCAGCACCACCGGUAACCAAAUACCCCCUCCUGCUUCCGCCGCAGGACCUCUUGCAUCCCUCAACCAACGCCAGUCGCGUAAGAAGCAGAAACUCCAAGAAAGCAACCGACCUAUGCCUGAGCCACGUUCCCAUGAAGAGCUCAUGAAGCUUACGGAGGCCCAGUUAGCCAUUGAUGCAAGAAAAUACUCGAAGAAAGCAAUGUCCAAUGCAGACAGGGCUCACUUUGCUGAUUUCUAUCAUCAGCAGCGCUGGGAGUUAUGUAUCCAAGCGAUUGAAAGAGGUGUUUCAGUUCCCAUGGUGGAUGAAUAUCUGGGCAAACGUAUAGCAGUCAAGAAGCCGACCCGAUUCAAUCACUUUAUGACAACCAAGUCUGCCCGGGGGGUAUUCCGUGGGCCUCGAAAGGGGGUGAAGCACAAAGGUGCUAUGACAGACGUGUCCGGGUUGUGGAAUAAACUAUCCCCUGAGGAAAAGGCUGCCUAUCAAAACGGAAAACCGCGAACACAGCCAAAUGUAGAUACUCAGCCUGCCGGUGAAUCAGACAGCGAUCGGGACAGUGAUUACGAGACAGAUGAUGACGAGGAAGAGUCCGAGGAGCCCGGGACUUGUAAGAUGACUUCCUUAAAGCGGGCUGCCAACACGGUCCAGAACUUCAUGGACGAUUGCAUGAGCAAGGCAGCUCACAUUGCCAAGACUUCAAACUGUGAGAUGAUCAUGUUUGCUGUCUCUCGACACCUUGCGGCGCACUCCUUCCAAUUUGGUAAAGCCACCCACGGUGCAACCAAAUUUCUUGCCUCGGCGGCUAAUCUUGAUGGAACGAAGCACUAUCCGGCUCGCAUGCAGUCAUACUUGACUGGCUAUGAAGUUGCUGAAAUUGCCCAGUUAGCUUUAUCCAAACGAGGUAAACCCAAGUCCCGGCCGGUCUCUGUUACCAGGCGUAUGUCCGACUUAGUUCUGAGAAGACGGAUGGUAUCAUGCUCCAAUGGCCCUGGACUAAUACCGACUGGAAACUUGCCAAGAUCAAGUAUAAAAUUCAGCUUCUACCAGGAGCAAUGA